AUGAGGAAAAAAGGCGUGGCAGAAGAGAAAACAAUCGUGCAUUAUAGCAGCUCUCAGAAAAUAUUAUUGGUGGGUGAGGGAGACUUUUCCUUUGCUGCUUGUUUAGCCAAAGCAUUUGGCUUUGCUGCCAACAUGGUAGCCACUUCCCUCAACUCAAGAGAUGAAUUGAUGGAGAAUUACUCAAAUGCUAUGAGCCACUUGGAGAAGUUAGAGGAAAAGGGAUGCACAAUCUUGCAUGAAGUUGAUGUGCAUACUAUGAGCAGACACCCCUACCUUGCUUUCAAUAGUGCACAUAAGAAAUUGGUCAAAGGUUACUUCAGGAGUGCACGCAAAAUGCUGAGUAGCCGUGGGCAAAUUCAUGUGACACACAAGACAACAUAUCCUUUUUCAAAGUGGGAAAAAGUGGACAUAGCGAAGGACGCUGGGUUAUAUCUAGUUGAAGAAGAAACGUUCUUCCCCUGGCAGUAUCCAGGCUAUGUUAACAAGAGAGGAUCUGGGAAAUGCGAUGAAACUUUUAGUGCUGGAUCGGCCAACGCCUUCAAAUUUGUCAAGUACAAGAGGUACUCGAGAAUUGGUUGUCAUGAGCUCUAA